ACUGGACUUUAGGACAAUCAACUGCAACGUUAAUUGUUGAAGAACGUCUGGAAGGGGAAGAAUACUAUUGCCUGUGUGUCACUGAUGGAAUUACUCUCGCCCCUUUGCCUUUCCUGCACAUCCAGAAGCAUUGUGUCGAUUUAAAUGAAGUUCCACAACUUGCAUCUUCAGGAUUCACCCAGAUGUCCGAUAAUGUUUCCAAGAUUAUUCACAAUAGAAUUCUCCAGAAAGCCGGAGAUGCUCUGAGACAGGAUGGCUGGAGUUACACAGGUCUCUUUGGUGCCAAAAUUAAGGUGACUGAAAAGGGUCCAGUUGUUCUCGGACUGAAAUGCACCUUUCAGGAUCUGGGCAUCCAGACAAUUUCUCCGCUGCUGAAGUCUGAUCUGUAUGGGGUAAUGGAGGCAGCCACUGAGGGACGGCUCUGUUCUCGCUUACCAGUAUGGACUCCGGAUGGCCCUGUGGCUAGUGCGUCCCUAAGGCAGAAAGGAAUACACAUCAGACACCAGGAUUUGGAGAUGUCCUGUACAGAUGCUGAGCCGGUGUCCCGUGAUUUAGUGUCCAGUGGAGAAACCAUCCUCUUUUCUCUCAAAGAUGCCACCAAACAGACGACAGUGGUGGUCUUUUCGGGAACUGCGUUCCGGAAAGAUAGAGCUUCUAUAUCUGUUGGUCACCAGGGAAGAAACAGACGUAAUGAACCUUAUCCAGAUGAGACCCAAGAAUCGACUUCAGGACCCGCACAAGCCGGAUCCACAGCCUUGACAGACACCAAACAGUCACCCAGUAGAUGUGUUAGUUAUAUUGAUGUCAAUCUAGAGCAGUACAUGGACCCGAUCUUUGUAUGCACAACCAACAGCGUUGGAGAAAAAAUAAAGGUGGCUCAGGCAUGCAAUCUGCACAAGCUGGCAGCUCAAAGCCUGGUGACCACGUGCAUAAAUGAUCUUUUGUCCAAGGGAGCGCAAGCAGCAUAUUUUAUGCCUUAUUUUGCUCACGGAAAUCUUCCUGAGGACGUGGUUGGAGCAAUAGCUGAAGGACUAGCGGAGGGCUGCAGAAGUACCGGGAGCACCUUAUUGGACAGGGAGAUGACGCAGCUGCCUGGUGCGAGCCCUGACGGGGGCUACACCCUGUUCGGGUGUGCGGUGAGUGUGAUGGAGAGGAGGCACAGGCUGCCACGGCUGGAACAGAUGAGAGAGGGGGACGUGCUGAUAGGAGUGCAGUCACUCGGGGUACACAGCAGCAGCCUCCGCCUCCUGGGAGACAUCCUGCAAAAUCACUCUCUACAGUACUCAUCGCUGCUGCCAAUGGGCAAUGGAGCCACAACCUGGGGAGAGAUGAUCAUGAGCUCCGACAUGGCGUACAGCCCCUCUCUACUCCAUGCUCUCCAGUCCGGCCGUGUCAGAGCCUGUAUUCCCAUCGCUGCUGGGGGACUUGUGGGGAGCAUUCUCCGUUGUCUGCCAGAGUCCUUAGCCAUUAUUAUAGACGCUCUCUGCUGGAGGAUCCCGGCUGUCUUCUCCUGGCUGUACAAGGAAGGAGGCCUCUCUGAGCAGGAACUGGUCUGUCACUUCAGCUGCGGCGUAGGAGCUGUGCUCAUAGCACAGGGGUCUGCGGCCCAGGGGAUCCUGGCGGAGGUGCAGUAUGAGCAGGAGGCGUGGCUAAUGGGAACCCUUCUGCAGCAUCACGCAGGCAUGCCUCGCAUACGAGUCUGUCAUCUUUUGGAAGCUUUGAGAUUGAACACGUUCCAGUUAUUGAAAACUGUAAUUGCAAACAAAUCACCCGCUAAGAUAUCAAACGUGGCUGUGCUAAUAUCCCCCACAGGUACUAAACUGAAAAUCAUGAUGGAGACAGUCCAGCAGCUGGGAAGCUGUGCGCGGCUGGCCCUUGUUAUCUCUGAUAAGACUGCGGUAGAAGAACUCAGAAGGGCUGCUGCAGCCGGAAUCCCUACACGAGUGAUUGACCAUACCAUGUUCGGGUGCCAGGCAGAAUUUGAGAACAUAAUCUGCAAAGUUCUGGAGGAGUUCUCCAUUCACCUGAUCUGCCUCGCUGGGUUUGGCCGGACGUUGUCACACCAAUUUCUGAAUAGAUGGAAAGGAAAACUUCUGAAACUCUACACAACACUUUUUCCACCGUCCAAAGGGGAGCAGCGGCCCGCGGCGGAUGCAAGAGUCUGCGGCUGCACAGUCUGUUUCAUGCUUGAUGGCUCUCCUGCUGGACCUAUAAUCCUACAAGAGACCGUUGUAGGAGACUCGGAGGUCCCAUUGUGUGAGCAAAUGGAAGAAGCAGAACAGAGAGCAGUCAGCAAAGCACUUCACCUGGUGGCCAGUGGAACAUUAACCUUAGGUGUAGAUGGACACAUCUCCUGGAAGAACGUGGAGUAACCUCAUAACUGUCCAGUAUCAAUGUCUGCCAUGAUCUGGCUGUGCUACAUGUUAUAUAUUGUGUCUCUCGCUGCCUGUGGCACUUGUCCCAUCUGUCCCCUAUGUUGGGUUUUAAAAACAACAGAAAGUCCCUGUACUUACAUAUAAUGGUUUCCAAACAGUAGAAGUUUGUAUGCAGCUUAAACUGGAGCUGGGAUUUUCACCGCAUGCCGGUAAAAUACAGUGUGUCGUGCAAUGUUUCUAUCUAAUAUCAUGCAAUGGUUAAGAUAUAUUUACUGCACAGUAGUAAAAAUAGGAUUUUGGUACUUACCAGAUAAAUCCUUUUCUUUGAAUCCAGGGGGGGCACUGGUGUACUCUUGGGAUAUGGACAGUGCGAUAGCAGGGAUAGGCACAUUUAAAUAUUUAAAUUAGUAACCCUCCACCCCCUCCAUACUCCCAAAGGUACCUCAGUGUUUUUUUACUGAGCCGAAACAGGAGCGAUAGAGAGGAUGAACAAUGGAGAAUUACAUCUAUAACAUAACGGUCAACUAUAAUGUUGACACAUAACAUAACAGACAACUAGAAAGUUGACACGACAAUAGAUAACAAUCACCUUAACAUUUGAACAAGUCGCUGAGAAUGUGUUACCAUAAGAACUA